UUACAGCACGCAGCUCUGCUGGUGCCUCAACUGGGAAACAGUCUGCAGGUGCGUAAAAACCAGUCUGUGCGUCCUACAGCCGGCAGGUAUCAGAGUUCAGCCGGUCUCUGAGACUCUGGCUCAUUUGGGACUCCUCCUUCAUCACCACCCCCUCCUCCUCCUACUCCACUUCUCCCAUCCACUCUCACACCUCUUGCCCUCCUCCUCCUCCUCCACCUCCUGCUAUCCCUCUCUUCCGCCGCCGAUCCGUUCCCUGCGCUCCUGCACAGCCGCAGUCCACGGCGAUGUGCCGUUAACUCCUUUAUUUCUUCCUCCUCCUCCUCCUCCCCUUCUUCUUCGAAUUCUUCUUCUUCUCCUUCCACCAUCCCUGCUUUCAGGCAGAUAGGACCAGCAUCCAACCAUCACCCCUCCCCUCCUGCCUCUCCUCCCCUCCUCCUCCUCCCAGGGCUGCUGCUGCUGUCUCUGUCCGCCGGCGCUGCAACCAUCCUCAUCACUGACAUGGAGACACCAGGCUCCCGUCGCGCUUCCAUCUAGACGGAAGGUCUCCGCUCGCAGAAUCAAGACGGGGGGCACCAUGAGUGAAGAGCCACCGGUCACCCCCAGCUGGCUGACCCCUGACCCCACAGCAUGGGCCAGCGGAGGCGGGGGACCGAUGGACAACAGUACCAACCUGGGGACGUUUCCACCGGAGGACUCCCUCUCGCCCAGCCAGCUGCCCCUGCUGAUCAACCCCUGGGACAUCGUGCUGUGCUCCUCAGGGACCCUCAUAGCCUGUGAGAACGCGCUGGUGGUGCUGGUGAUCUGGCAGAACCCGGCACUCAGAGCCCCGAUGUUCCUGCUGAUUGGCAGCUUGGCAUUCGCCGACCUGCUUGCCGGCCUGGGCCUGGUGCUCCACUUCACCUGUGCCUACCUGCUUCAAUCUGAAUCUGCCCAGCUGCUGACCGUAGGCCUGGUGGUGGCCUCCUUCUCGGCCUCUGUCUUCAGCCUGCUGGCCAUCACGAUUGACCGCUACCUGUCGCUGUACUACGCCCUCACCUACAACUCGGAGCGGACGGCGGCCUUCACCUACACCAUGCUGGUGCUGCUGUGGGGCCUCUCCCUGUGUCUGGGCCUGCUGCCGAUCACAGGGGUCAACUGCCUGGCGGAGGAGUCUACGUGCAGCGUGGUGCGGCCGCUGACCAAGAACAACAUCGCCGUGCUCUCCAUCUCCUUCCUGCUGCUCUUCGGCCUCAUGCUGCAACUGUACGUCCAGAUCUGCAAGAUUGUGAUGCGCCACGCUCACCAGAUCGCCCUCCAGCACCACUUCCUGGCCGCCACACCCCACUACGUCACAACACGGAAGGGCGUGUCGACGCUGGCCAUCAUCCUGGGCACGUUCGCCGCCUGCUGGAUGCCGUUCACUGUCUACUCCCUCAUCGCGGACUACACCUAUCCUCCGCUCUACACCUAUGCCACGCUGGUGCCUGCCACCUACAACUCCGUCAUCAACCCGGUCAUCUACGCCUUCAGGAACCAGGAGAUCCAGAAGGCACUGUGGCUGGUGUGCUGUGGCUGUGUGCCCGCAAGUGUGGCCCACCGUGCAAGGACCCCCAGUGACGUGUGACGAAGGAGACCCAGGUGGGAAGAGAGAGGCGCCCUGGGUCAGCUCUGCUCCUCACUGGGUCUGUCCAGUGUCACAGAGGGCAGCGUCAGGGGAGGAGGCCCAGGGCAGUGGCUCCGGCUCCUGAUGGAGGUCACACCGGCUGAGGCAGGUGGCUCAGUGACCCACAGCCCGCCAGGAUGGAUUGAUGGAUGGAUGGAGUUUCUCCAAUUUCCUUUCUUCCAAUCAACAUAGGGCAACGUAUCUCACUGUCUUCCCCCUGUAGGCCUGCAUCCCGGCCCCUCCCUUCCGGCCCGUGCCACGCCCUUCCUCUGUUCUGCAGAGCGCGCUGAGUGCAUCGCAUGUUCCAUCCAUAGGAUGUGCAUACAGUUAACAGCACCAGACCUCUGGCUGACACGUGCUGCUCUUCAUAGGGGGGCAGGGAGGGGCGGGUUCAUUAUUAGUUUGCGCCCCUGUGCGUGCGUAAAAGCGCACGGGAGAUGAACAAAGCCGCGAGAGGGAGGGAGGCGGAUGAGAGGAGGGGACACGCAGGCACCUCCACCUUGAGGCCCGUCUGUCUGGAGCAGCAUCCCGGCUCCGUGCUCCUGCUGCUGCUGCACUCUGGACGUGAGUCGAAAGCCAAACAGCGGCGGAGAGCUAAAAAUAGACCCGGCGCUCUCUCUCUGAUCCGCGCCCCGCGUCCUCCACCGCCGCCAAGAAAGGAACCAACCUGCUCUCCUCCUCCUCCUUCUCUCUCCCAUUCCCCCUAUCUCUGGAUUGUACGCGUAGGCAUUUUUUGUUUAGCUGCAGAGGCUCGCGUCUUGGAGCAUCAAGACAAAGCCCCAGGAGACCCCCACCCCCAUUAACCCCCUCUCCUCCAUUUGUCUUAGUAUAGAGGCCUGUUGGGUUAUGUAACCACCUCUUACCCCCCCCUCCUUCACCUUCUGAAUUGACAUGAUCUCUUAUAUUUUAUUUGAUUUAGCUAUAAAUCCAUUUAAAUAGAGUGAUAUUGACCAAAUUUUAAAUGAUAUCACAAAUGUCAAAUUCAGUGCCCCUAAAGCAUGGACAUGACAUUGAUGAAAUCAAAAGCUCACGUGGCAUAAACCUGAAUUAAAUGAAAUUU